AUGUCAAACCGAGCAUGGGUGACCCUAGCUACAAACGAUUCCUAUGGUCUUGGGGCUUUGGUUCUGGCGCAUUCCUUGCGUCGUGCCUCCUCCUCGUACCCAGCAGUCGUACUGAUUACUCCCUCGGUCACUGAACCCAUGAGGGAGCGUCUACGUGCAGUAUUCGCUGAAGUGCUCCUAGUGGAUGUUUUGGACUCCAAGGAUGCUGCUCAUCUAGCCCUGCUGCAGCGGCCUGAACUGGGCAUCACAUUCACCAAGAUACAUUGUUGGAAUCUCACUCAGUAUGACAAAUGCGUCUUCCUUGAUGCCGAUACAUUGAUCGUUCAGAACUGUGAUGAGUUAUUCGAGCGCGAGGAGUUGUCCGCUGCCCCCGACGUCGGCUGGCCCGACUGUUUCAACUCGGGAGUCUUCGUAUUCAAACCUUCCGCCGAUACAUUCAGCAAACUCAUCACAUUUGCAUCCGAAAGAGGCAGUUUUGAUGGUGGUGACCAGGGUCUCUUGAAUUCCUACUUCUCGGAUUGGGCCCACGGUGACAUCAGCAAGCAUUUGCCCUUUCUGUACAAUGUGACAUCUGCUGCUUUUUACUCCUAUAUCCCAGCCUUAAAACAUUACGGCCAGAAUUUAAAAAUUAUCCAUUUCAUCGGCGCCGCCAAACCAUGGCUUCAACAAUUCAACUGGCAGUCUCGUUCAGUCGAGGCUCCUGAGCAUUUGCGAGGUUUCUUGCAACUAUGGUGGGACCUCUUUGUUGCUCAAGUUCAUUCACAACUAGACACACAAAUGGAUUUCACGGUUCACGACCGCAACUACUUAGUGAUACCUUUCAUAAAAUCCAGUAAAUCAAUUCAUGCUCAUAUCAGUGUAGUCUCUGAUCGGAACAACAUGUGUUCCAAGCAGCAGGAUUCUUGUGUUGAGGCUGAGGAAGUUCCUCUGGCGAUUGACUUAGAAGAAGAAGAACCGAGUGAAUACGAUGAACCAGUACAGGAUUAUAGUUUCUAUGAACCGACACUGGAUCCGAGUUCUGAGUUUCCAUGGCAUCGACCUUACAAUCAGACCAAAAACACAGAAUCCAUUGAGCCCAACAUCGACAUAAGUGAAUUUCAUGAUCCAUGGCAUAUUUACAGAGGGAACAUACCCCCUAGUAGAGAUGAUACCAGUAGUAUAAAUGCAACAGAAAGUCAAAGACAGUAUGCCUGGGACUACAUACAACCGCAAACACAACAUUUCACACCAGAGAAUAGUCACAAUUCUGAAAACAAUUACAGUCAGCAUCAUAACAGCGAUAUAUGGAAAUAUAAUUCCGAAAAUAAUUCUCAACCUCAAACUACACAACAGUUUACAUUUACACCUUCAAUAAGUUCUCAUUGGGAAGAAAGUCAAUACAAUACAAGUGUUCAUGAUCAACACUAUCAUAACACACCGGUUCAAGAAAUAAGUUACCAGCAUGAUCAUUACCCACGUCACAGUAAUCAACAAAGUUCACCUGAAUCUCAAAAUCAGCCUGGUGAUCACCAAGGUCAUCAUAACAAUCACCAAACUCACACCAAUCACCAACACUUCGAACAUCAUCAAAAUAAUCAUCAGAAUUACAGUCAUUCUCAACACUAUGGAAAUGAUCAUUAUCAGAACAACUUUACUCAACAACAUUUUGAAAGUCAUGAACAUGAACAAAAUCAAAGUUAUAAUUGUCAUCAUUCAUCUGAACAUCACCACGAGGCACAAUCCUAUCAUGACACUGGUUUUGAGCAAUCACAUCAAAAAACCGAUUACUAUCAAGACAAACAUGAUACUCAGUCUCUAUUUCAUAACCAUUCCCAUAGCAAUAUCAUAGAAAAUAACAAAAAUGUAAACAAUGAUGAAAAAGUCAAUAAUAAUUAUAGGAAAAAUGUUGAAAUAAAUUAUUCGCAGUUUAAAAAACAAACUCAACCACACAUAUACACUGUCAUGAUGGAUUAUGAAAGGUUGCAUACUGUUCGUAAAUUACAUUCACAUGUAAACGGCUGUGAAACAGAGUAUUACAGUAAUACUUUUGAAGACAUCCCUAGGCAUCCGUAUGAUGGAUUUUAUCUUAGACAUAGAACAACUAUAGAUUCUCGGGGGCGAAAAAUAUGUAUUCAUGAAAUACCUCUUUCGCCUCCGUCGCCAACACCGUCACUUGAGUCGUCACUUGAAAGCGAUGAUGAAAAUGAAAUAAACGAAGAUGUUAACUAUGACAGGCUAAACGGUGAAGAAAGUCAAACUGGUGUAGCAGGUAACCUGGCUAAAGUGGUGCCGGGUGAACCGCAGCAACAAGAGGCAGUCGAUGAGCUUACGAGGCGACAGGGCUGGGAAGCCGGCAAUAUUGAUUACAUGGGUGCUGACUCCUUCGACAAUAUUUGGGCCAAAAUAUCCCAAACACUAAGUCAACCACCGAGUUCCCCACCUCGAGAACCUUCUCCAUCCAAGGAACCUAGCGAAGACUGUGCUGCGGCAGCAGAAGAAGUAAAAGAGGCCGUGGUAGCACCGGUUGAAUCAAAACCCGAAGAAUCAGUCAAAGGUAGUAUACCGUCAGACGGCUCCUCUGAACCACCCGUUGCAGUAGAGGCACCAGUCGUGGCAUCCGAAGUAGAUGCCUCCAUUGCUUCAACGGAAACUGUAGAAAAUGUUGUGUCAAUGGACGCUGCAGAAACUGUUGCGCCUACUGAGACAAGUGAAAGCGUUCCCCCUCCAGAAGCACCUGCAUGUGUUCCCCUUCCCGUGGCAUCUGAUUGUGUUUCCUCGCCUGAAGUUCCAGCAACUGUUGAAGCAUCAGAACCUGUUGCACAGGUUGAAGCAACAGAAUGUGUUUCCCCUCCCGAAGCAUCAGAACCUGUUGCACAGAAUGCUGCAGCAGAGAGUGUUUCCCCUCCCGAAGCAUCCGAACCGGUUGCACAGAUUGAAGCAACCUGUGUUUCCUCACCUAAACCAUCUGAAAAUAUUCCAAUCGUUGAAACAAAAGAAACUGUGGCACCACCCGUCGCUGACGUAAAUGUUGCUUCGACUGAAGUCUCGGAAAGUGUUCCUGCGCCUGAAACACCUAUAGCUCCGGUUGAAUCGAUAGAUAAUGAGUCUGUUCCUGAGCCACCUGCACCUGAAAAUAAAGAUAGUGUUGUCCCUGAAACUUCACCAGCAGCGUCAAUUGAAGAGCCUGUCGUAGAUGUCCCUGUUCCAGCGAGUGAAGCCGCCGAAUCUUCAGGUAAACAAGAAGAUCCUAUUCCUGUUCCAGCCGAGAUCGCCGCUGUACCAGAAAGCACGCCAGACGAAUCCCAAAAGGAGAUGGAGCCAUCAGGUGACAUACCAGUGACUGCUGAAGAAGCAAUAAAAAUUGACAUUGCAUGCGUCCCUAAAUCUAGUGAAAUGCCAGUUGUGGAGAACCAACCAGAGUCUCCUUUAAAUAAAUCAUUGGCAGCCAACGAACAAUCCUCAGAUAAAAAGGAAGUCGCCUCUGACAGCCCACCUCUGGCCAGUACCCCUUCCAAAGAAGAUAUACCUAGUCCACCAGCUGCCAAAACGGAGGAGCGUCGCAAGCCGGUGGGGAAGCUGUCUCUGCCGCCCGCGUCUUGUGACACGCUGCCGACACCCGACAGCGAGCUGGAGGACGCGGCCUCUCUUGCACACGCCAUCAUCGCCGGUGAACUGCGCACGCCUACCGUCACAUCCCCCUCACCCCCCAUCAUAUCUGCCUCACCUAAAACACAACCCUCACAAACACAACCCCGCAGUCUAUCCAUCGACCAGCCCGAAAUACCAACUCCUCCCCUCGAUUCCCUAUCAUUAUCACAGAUCGGAGUCAAAUCAAAACCCACCAUCGCAUCUCAAAUAGAAACUUCGGUUUCUAAGACCGAGGCCCCAACUUCCGAGGUGUCUGAAGCACCCAAACCGAAGUCAGACGCUCCCAAAAAGAAAAUAGUGAAGAAAGUUGUGAAGAAGGUGGAAAAGGAGGGCGGUGCUAGUGACGCGCCGGUCCCCGUCCCGCCGCCGCGGAAGAAGGAAAAGAAACCCAAGGACAAAUGA